AUGAUUAUAACUGAUCAACACCAACAACUCCUCUCCACAUCAAGUACCCCAAUAUCUUGAGGAUACAGGAAACUCCAACUUCUGGGUGCAUUUCAUCUACAAAUACCUGCCCGCCAUGGCUGUCGAGUCAACACCAAACCCUCUGAUUUCUACCCAAAAGUCCUUAGAUAGCGGGCUCCAGGUAGCGCUCCAUCCCCUCGUCCUCUUGACAAUAUCCGACUACAUCACACGACAUACCUUACGACAACAGAAGGGCCCGAUCGUGGGUGCACUACUGGGAGAGCAGAAUGGCAGAGAGAUCACAAUCGAGCAUGCCUUUGACUGUCGAAUGUUAGAGCAGGAUGGCGAGGUCGUUUUGCAUCAAGUAGCAUUUGAGGAGCGAUUGCAGCAAAGUAAGUCGUCAUGUCAUGCUACUCCAUACCGCGUCUUCCUAUGCUGAUCAAGAACCUCGAUUUAAAGUGAAGGAUGUCCACAAAGCACCCGCACUCGAUCUUGUUGGUUGGUAUACGAUCAUGCCCGUCUCCGGUCCCCAGCCCAUCCUCCUCCCCGUCCAUCGCCAAAUAUUACAACUUAAUGAAUCUGCAAUCCUGCUUGGAUUUCACCCCACCGCAGUUCUCGACGGUGCCGUUGGUGGAAAACUCCCUCUCACCAUCUACGAAAGUAAUUAUGAGGCCGAGGGAACAACCGCAGAUGCAGGAGAAGACAAGGAGAUGAAGGAUGGCGAGCCACAACUGAGCCUGCGAUUCAAGGAGCUGCCAUAUACGGUCGAGACAGGCGAAGCCGAAAUGAUCAGCGUUGACUUCGUGGCACGAGGCGGAGGAAAUGCCACCGCGGUCGACGGUACAGUCAAGAAGGAAGCCUCGUCUGAAGAUCCCAAAGGCAAAGGAAAAGGCAAGACCCGUGCCGCCAAAGAUUCCGAAAAGGAACCCGAGGGCGUCAAGAGCGAUGAUCACAUUCUGUCUCGUGAGGACGAGGAGAUGAUAGCCUCGUUGACCGCCAAGGCAAAUGCAAUCAAGAUGCUACGAACGCGCGUCAACCUCAUCGCAACCUACCUGCGCAACCUCCCACCAUCCUAUGUAUCGAGUGCCCUUCCGGAAUGCGUGCAAGUGGAAUCUGAUGAUCAGAAGUACACCCCUGUCAACCACUCGGUACUUCGAUCCAUCCAAGCCCUGCUCACACGAUUGAGCCUACUUAUUCCCGCAGAUAGCGUGACUUUCGAACACCAACUUCUUUCGGAACAAAACGAUGUCAAUCUGGUAUCACUGCUCAGUAAUAUCACCACCAGUAUCAAGGAGGUCCGCACGAUUGGUAAGAAGGCGCAGGUGGUCGAGGGAGCCAAGAUUUCGAGAGGGAAGGGUGGCAUGAGUCUUGCGGCGGGAGAUUGGAAUCCUGCGUCCAUUUUGAAUGCCGGUGAUUUGAUGUCAUGAUAGAUUUCUCUGCAUCCAAAAAGUUUACCUUUUCCAAAAUUAGCGAGCAGCAAGCACAUUUUUCGGCGUUAAGAUUGAUGAUUUACUCAUGAGAAGUUGGGCGUUGGGAUGAUUUUGUACAAGGCUGAGAAGGAAGGUUACUACGAGAGCAUGACAUGAAUGACACAAAAUCCAUGCAUUACGAG